GCAAUUGCUUCCUCUCGCGCCAUUCUGCUGGUUGCGCCCUGACAAUUGCUCCAGUCCGUGUCGCGCACUCUAUUAUCAGUUUCAGCUAAUAUCCCCUUGCCUUUGCCGUUCAUUUUCCUUGUACCGGGGCUCAUUGACCAUCAUCUCUUCCUCCCAACAACUAUUUUUCGUCCACUCCGCUGUCCCACCCGCCCAGUCACUGUCCUCUACAAAUUGAUCCGCGCUAGUCCAUCAACACAAUGGCCUGGAAAUUCCAGCUCGACUCAAGCCCGCCGUCUACGCCUGGUAAAUCCCGCAAUCUUUUCAACGAUUUGUCCAGCACCCCGGCUGGGGCGCCACCGUCCGCAUCCAACUCCUUUACUCCGCAUGGCGGCGGGCCUUCCGACUUCGGAAGCUCUCGCAUGAGCUCCGGCUCCCUCUUCACGAGGUCGGGGCACAUGAACCUCAAUGAUAAUGAUAGUAUCUUCGGUUCAUCUAUCAUGUCAAAUGAUUUUCUGCCACCUGUUACCAAGAAAACGACAACCGCAACGAGAUCUUCCGCGCCGUCGCAAUCCCUCUUCAGCAUCACAAAUGGAUCUCGCUUUGACGAAUCCGUACAAUUUCGGCCUUCCAACGGCUCUCCGGAGUCCCAGAUGAAUGCAGACGGAGAUGAUAGUCUGGCCGAGGAAGGGGCCGAGGUAACGGACAAUACGGGGAGCAGUCUGGGCGUGGGCAAGGCGAGCGAAGACGCUGGAUCUCGCUUUAGCUUCCUGGAUUCCCAGCUUGGAGACUCUAUUGCUCCGCAGCCGGUCUCUCUUGGAAAUCGCAAAUCCAUCUACUCGAACCCCGUUAGCGCUAAACGCCCAAAGCUUGACGAGCGAUGGGCGGGUCAAGCACUUCUGCGCAAGGGAAAGCUGCCGCCAAAGAAAGACUCCGCGAUGCCAUCUAUCGUGCGCAACUUCGCAUCUCGCUCGCGUCUAACAACAGUGGCAGAGUCUAGUGAGUUUGUGAUGAGCACGGAAGAUGAACUGUGCCGCAUGUAUGACGAAGUCAGGAAAGCCGACUACAAUGGCACUGACUUUCGCCUGGCCCUCUCGGACGUCUGCAGUCGCCUUACAGGUGUAUGGAAGAAAGCUACGGGUCAAGAUGGUCCCUAUCAAGAGUCAGACGGCAUUGGGCCGGGCGAUCAAGCCUUGAAUAUUGCCAAAGCAAGUUUUUUGGCUUCACUUCUUCUACAACUACAUCAUCCUCCUCGGCCAUUUGACCCACCGGGUCAAAUUAACCCCUUCGCAACGCGCAAUUUGUUACUAGGUGGUUCUCGAACAACGUCACCGACGCCUGUACCCAAAUUCCUCAUAGACUGGCUCGAUGCCAAUCACAUUCCUCCUGCGUCACAGUUGCAAUUUUUGAAACAGUUUGAGCCUAAUCCCACUGCGUCAUCAAGCUUCUGGGACUUGCUUAACGCCGCUGUUCUUCGAGGCAGUCUCACAACAGCCGCUGAACUCUUACGGUCUGCCGAUUUCAACUACGCAAGAUCAGCCUUAGAGGAUGGAUUGCCGCAAGCAGGAUACCGCGGAACACAGCUGCAGAAUAUUCAGCGAUGCGUCAACAAAGCUCUUCAAAUCCUGGAGUCCUGUCCUAGUGUUUCCCGUGAUGACUGGGAUAUCAAGGGCACCGAAUGGGCUUUGUUCAGGAAACGGGUUUUGGCAGCAGUGACUGACUUGGAGGCUUUUGCAGAAGGCGAAGACAAAGCGUCGCCGGAACCCUCUGUCCAAGAGAAUCGGUUCCAAGCUGUCAAUUUUGGGCUGAAAGCGACUGCACCCGCGCAAAAUUUCUCCUUCACCCAAUCCGCACGUAUGGCUGAGAGCAAAGUACCCUGGGCAAUUUAUCAGAAUCUGCGGUCCAUGUACCGUAUCCUUCUUGGUGACGAGGAUGCUAUCAUGGACAAUGCACAGGAUUGGCUUGAAGCUACUAUCUGUUUGACCGUUUGGUGGGGCGGUGACGACGAUGAGCAUCCCAGUGAGCUUCCUCCCACCAGCCUCAAUCCUCUGUUCUCUCGCCCCACUAGAAAUACUCCUCCCUCUAGUCGCGACGAUGCCUACCUGCGUCGACUUGAUUUGGCCUUUGGUCAGGCCACAAGUGCGGAUGCCGACGAUGCUAGCUUCCGAGUCAAUUCGCUUAGCAGUCUCGAAGUUGGGCUGGCCUCUGUCUUUGAGGGGAACGUUGAAGGCGUCAUCGAGCUGCUUCAAACAUGGUCAUUGUGCGUGUCAUGUGCUGUAGUUGAGGUUGCAUCGAUUGGGGGCUGGCUGGAUUCCGGAGCCACCGAAAAGCGAACGAUGCCUGGCUUGAGCGAAGAUGAUCUGAUGGUCCUGUCGUAUGGUCAAGGUCAAGAUAGCAAGGUGGCCAGUUCCCGAGUGAAUAAGAACGAUGUUAUCAGUACCUAUGCAUCGGGUCUGUUUGAACGACAGUCAAUUGAAUGCCAAGAUGGUACUCGCAAUGGGUGGGAGGUUGCUCUUGAGGUUCUGAGUCGCUUAGACGAUAGGGAGAAGUUGCAAAAGAGUGUCUCAGAACUCCUGGACAAAUUGCCGCUUAAUACGGCGGAGGAAGUUGAUAAAGUUGUUUUGCUCUGUUCAGAGCUCGAUCUUGAUAAUGAAGGGCGGAAGGUUUCUGAGCGUUUCGGUGACACUACCGUUGCUGAAUCGGGAGACUAUGGUCUUGCUCUGUUAUGCUAUGCUCGCGCACACAACCGCCGUAAGGUCAAGUCUGUGGUCGACCUGCUCAUUUCGUACAGUCUUGUGCAAUCUCGCGCUUAUCCCGCUUCGAAAGAUCUUGAUGAGCAGCUUGAGUCUCUGAUUCGCGAUCCUGGUCGCUGUUUAGCUGCCAUCGCAGGAUCCGACGAAGAUGCUGCUAGUAUCCUUCAAUACUACUUCUCUGGAUACGCAACGUUACGGCGAUACUAUGAGAUCCGCGACGAAGCCGUGAACCUAGAAGAAGGCCAACAACCUCGCUACAAGCCUCUUGCUAGACGACGUACGGCAGCCCAGGCCCUUGUAGCAGUCAUCAGCAGUGCCGCAGACAGUAUCUAUGGUGGCCUUUACGACCCGGACCGUGACUCCGCGGUUCAAGUCGACGGUCUCUUGACACUAUUAGGCGAAGUCCUUCCGUUUAUCGACCAACCGACUCCCAUUCUGUCUGUCUCCCAACAGUUCACCAUCCUCUCAGCAAUUGAGGACCUUCAAACUAUCACCCCUCGCGUCUACAAACAGUGCGAAGAAUGCUUCCGCUCGACCUUGAUAGAAUACCAGUCCUCCAAGAACGCAGACGGAUCUUCGUCAACCGGUUCCUAUCUGUUGCCCCCUUCACCACGUGCCAUGCUCAAUAAGUCCGUCUCUGCUCUCAAUGCUUCUAGCACUUUCUCCUUCAUUGGCAACGAGAUGAUUGAGUCCGCACGCACGCGAUCUGGGUCCGGCUCAGCCGGUAGCUCAGGUGUGCUUGUGCCCCGGUGGAAUUCCGCGAAGGGUGGCACUGUCCAUGAACGAGGCUGGGACUGGCGUGCUGGGCUACCGGACGAUGUCGCGGGUGAGGAUAUUCUGCGGACCUUGCGACUGGGAUUGGCUAGGGGAGUGAGUUCUGGUGGACUUUGGUCUAUCUAAAAAUCUAAGCCGAUCCUGCCAACCAAACCUCCGGGAAAGGGGG